UCUUCUUCAUGUCUUUGGAUUUUCUUUUUAGUUUUGGUUUCAACUAUAUAUCAUAUGAGCCACAUUUCUCUCUACGAUCAACAUUUUUAAGUGAUAUAAAUCAUAUAAUAAGGAAAAUAUAUAAGAUUUGAUUCUGGUUUAUCUUUUUCUGAAUUUGUUUCUGGUCGGAAGAUCUAGUAAAUAUUUGAUAAUGGAUUCAUGUCAUAAACAGAGGGAGCUCCGUACGUGAUUUGGCCCUCUUUUAUUUUACACAUAUCUCUUGAAUUCAUUUUUUAUUUUCUUUUCCCGGGGAAAUAGUUUAUUUGUUUAUUAUAAAGUAUGCUGCUAUGUGUUAAGUCUAGUGGUCUGAAUCUUUAAGUGAGGCAGAGGGUGAAGACGAUGAGUUUCUUCAUGAAAAUGUAUUAAAGUAAGGAGCACAGAGAAGCUGCGGAGUGAAAGUACAGUGUUCUUUCACUGAGAAAGAAGAGAAACAAACACUUUCAUCUUCUUCAAUUUUAACACAAAUUUUGGAAAUGCUUAUGUAAAAUUCUGCUUGCAACGGCUUGUUCUCUGAGAUGUUCCCAGAGGUGUUAUCAGAAGAAGAAGUAUAAAGUUUCAUUAGACCCAAUGGACAACAUCAACACUUAUAGUUCUCUGGACAAUGUUAUGACUAACCAAAACCAUCUUCUCAUGGAUUUGAUACCUUCAAGAGAAGAUUCCACAUCAUUUCCAACAAUGCUUCCAUGGAAUUCCAUCAGACAAGAUCCUCUACAAAUGGGUGUCUUUGAUAUCUUCAACUCUUUUCUCACUAACAAGUACUUAUCAUCUACUUCAAGAUCUACAAAUGUUCAUGAAACCAGCUUUGAGGCCAUGGCUCCUCCUCCUUCACUUCAUCCUAUGGAUCAUCUAAGACCAUAUGAUGAUCCCUCAAACAACAUGUGGAGUCUUGGUGAAAAUAGUGAGUUUCAUGCAUAUCCAUUCAUAGAAGGUGUUGUUGGUCCUAGUGAACCAAUAAUAUCUACAUUCGGUGAAGAAUUCCCAAGAAACGAGUUCUCGUUAAGUCUUGCCACUGAUGUUUCUGAUGAGUGCUCGGAGAUAAGUCUUUGUGCUGCUACUAAAUCUACUAGAAUAACCUCAGAGCAAGCUUCUUCCAGCAGCAAAGACAUGUCAAACGUCUCUCAAGUCAUAUUUUGCUCCAAGUACCUUCACUCUGUUCAAGAAAUACUAUCUCAUUUCGCCACAUACUCCCUCAAAGGCUUAGAGACUAAUCCUCAGUGCUACUUUUCAUCUCGAGGAACCGAGUCAGAGGGUACAAACUCAGCCUUUACUUCAUGUUAUGAGAAUCUAAACGAGUUUCUUGAUGGCGGUUCGCAAAGACAAGCAUUAGAAGCAAAGAAAACCCAUCUCUUGGAUCUUCUUCAAAUGGUUGAUGACCGAUAUAGUCAUUGCGUUGACGAGAUACAUACGGUUGUAUCAGCGUUCCAUGCAGCAACCGAGUUAGAUCCUCAGCUACACACCCGGUUUGCACUCCAAACCAUCUCCUUCUUAUACAAGAACCUAAGAGAGAGGAUCAGCAAGAAGAUACUCAUGAUGGGAUCAGUUUUAGAGAGAGGCAAAGAGAAGUCUCAAGAAGACUCAAUCUUCCCCCAGCAUUGCCUUCUUCAGCAGCUAAAACGUAAGAACCAUCAGGUUUGGAGACCGCAACGAGGUUUGCCUGAGAAAUCAGUCUCGGUUCUACGGACUUGGAUGUUCCAAAACUUUCUUCACCCUUACCCGAAAGAUUCAGAGAAACAUCUUCUUGCUAUACGAAGUGGAUUGACAAGAAGUCAGGUAUCAAACUGGUUUAUAAAUGCGCGGGUAAGACUGUGGAAGCCGAUGAUAGAAGAUAUGUACGCAGAAAUGAACAAGAGGAAGAUGAUUAACACUCACCUUCAAGGCGGUAAUGGAGGAAGUGUUAUUAGAGUGCCAAAGUCUGUAAUGAUGAGCCAAGAAAGGUGCAAAAUAAGAGAAUGAUUGUGUGUAUGUAAACUUUGUUUACGCAAAAUCGCUACUUAUAAUUGUCAGAGGUUUAGAGCACUUUACUAUGUAUUAUGAUUGUUUUUCUGACUUUUUUUGUUAUAAUUGUAUAUACAGCUUGUUCUUUUAUCUCAUAGUAUAUUGCUGUUUUGUAAUUUGCAUCAUGU